GGCGCACGGAGCCCGCCGGCCGCCGCGGAGCUGGAGACGGAGGAGGCGGAGCGGGAGGAGCCGGCGGGGCGCAUGCUGGGCGGGGGUCCCCAGGGCGCCCCGGCCGGUGGCGGCGGGGGCCACCGCGCAGGCAGCGAAGAUUGCUUACCACCGGCAGCGUCUUUUCGGAGGAGGCGGCUGGCACGGAGGCCGGGCUACAUGAGAAGCGCGGCUGGGCCCCGGAUCGGGUUCCUCUCCCCGCCAGUGGGCGCCCUGUUCCGGGCCCAGGGAGGGGCGCGCGGUGAGGAGUCCCACCACGCUGAGUCCAGGGCCGGGCCUUGUGGACUUGACCCUGGAGGCCAGUGGCGAGGUCCCUCGGUUGGGAGCCCCGUUCACAGGAGCACAGCAGCCUCGGCUCUGGCCUCCGUGGGCCACCGAGGCCUGACCCUGGUGACCGUGAGAGGAAGCCCAGGGCGCUUUGGGACUCAGCCCAGAGCUGACACCACCCUGCCCAAGAGGCUCCCCAGGCCCUGUGGCCCCGGGGACGCCGGGCGUCCGGGGGAGCUGCCAUCCAUGGACAGUCAUGAGGCCCCAAGCCCUCACCGGGAAGCAGCCUGGACCAAAGGCCGUCUGUCCCCGGAGGAGGUGAGGGGCACCAGCGGCGGCGUCGGAAGUGGCCCCGAGGCCCCCUCCACCCCUGCCGGCUCCCAGGACGUCUUCGCCUCCAGCUUUAGUUUCAUCCGCCUCUCCCUGGGUUCUGCUGGGGAGCGGGGCGAGGCAGAAGGCUGCCCGCCGUCCAGAGAGGCCGAGGCCCCACGUCAGAGCCCCGAGGAGACGGAGGCCAAGGCCGCCAGCUCGGACGGACCCCGCGGGCACCCUCGGACCCUCUCCUCCCCCUUCGCUCUCAAGGCUCCUCAGGGCCUGGCAGACGCCGCCCAGACCUCGGGGGGCGGCCCCAGGCUGGAGUGCGAGACGCUUCCUUUGUUGGACACGGACGCCACCUCCUCCUGCGCCCCGGAUCCCUCGUGGUUUGAGGGCGGCAGCUUGGGGGAUGCUCACCGUUGGGACCCUCUGCUUGGCAGAUGCAAGCUGGCACUGUCGCACUGCCUGCAGGGCCAGCAGCGGCGGCUGGAGGUAAAAUCCUUAAGCUUAAAGCUUCAGAAACUUCAAGAAAAAGCGGUUGAGGAAGAUGAUUAUGAUAAGGCUGAGAUGAUCCAACAAAGAUUAGAAGCCCUGGAGAAAGAGAGAAGCAGCCUGCACUUUCAGCUCCCUUCACAGCAGCCGGCCCUCAGUGGCCUCCUGGGCCACCUGAGGGCACAGGCCCAGGCCACCCUGCACCGGGCAGCCCAGAGAGCUGGCAGUGACGACACCCAAGCCCAGCUCAGAAUGGAGCCGAAGAUGUUGGAACCCACCGCUCAGGACAACCUGCUUGUGUCCAUCACCAGGCGAGACUGGCUUCUCCAAGAAAAGCAGCAGUUACAGAAAGAAAUCGAAGCCCUCCAAGCCAGGAUGUCUGUGCUGGACGCAAAAGAUCAACAGCUGAGAAGGGAAAUAGAAGAGCAGGAGUGGGUCCUCCCGUGGCAGGGCUGCGACCUUGUGGGAGGGCUGUCCCUGGGCGAGCUGCAGGAGCUCAGCAAGACCUUGCAGGACACUCUGGCCUUGGCCGAGCAGAUUCCCGUCCGUGCAGAGCCACCGGAAACCAUCAGGAGCCUCCAGGAAAGGAUAAAACCCCUCAACUUGUCACUUAAAGAGAUCACUGCUAAGGUGUGUAUGAACGAAAGACUCUGCAGUGCCCUGAGGAAGAAAGUUAACGAUAUUGAAACCCAACUGCCGGCGUUGCUUGAAGCCAAAGUGCUUGCCAUCUCAGGAAACCACUUCUGUACAGCCAAGGAGCUCACGGAGGAGAUUAGAUCAUUAACGUCAGAGAGGGAAGGGCUGGAGGGACUUCUCCACAGACUGUUGGUGCUGAGUUCCAGGAACGUCCAGAAAUUGGGAAGUGUUAAAGAAGAUUACAGCAGCCUCAGGAGAGAACUGGAUCAGGGGAAAACUGCCUAUGAAACCAGUGUGAAGGCGAAUACUAUGAAGUACAUGGAAAUGCUUGAGGAUAAACUGCACAGCUGCAAGUGUCCACUGCUUGGAAAAGUGUGGGAAGCUGACUUGGAAGCUUGUCGGUUGCUUAUCCAGAGCCUGCAGCUCCAGGAAGCCAGGGACAGCCUGUUGGCAGAAGAUGAGAGACAGACGGAUGACUUAGGGGGAGGUGCUUGUACAACAGCUCUGGCCAUCCCCCCAAGGCCCCACUCUGAAGAUGAGAGGAAGACCCCUUUGCAAGCAUUUGAAGAGUGGAAGGUGCACCUGACCCCUUCUCCUCACUGUGCUGGCAGUGAACAGAAAGAGGAAUCUUACGUCCUUUCGGCAGAACUUGGAGAAAAAUGUGAAGCCAUCGGCAAGAAGUUAUUAUACUUAGAAGAUCAACUUCACACUGCGAUCCAUAGUCACGACGAAGAUCUCAUUCAGAGUCUCAAGAGGGAGCUCCAGAUGGUGAAGGAAACUCUGCAGGCCAUGAUCCUGCAGCUCCAACCAGCAAAGGAGGCGGGAGAGAGGGAGGCCGCAGCUUCCUGUGGGACAGCUGGUGUCCGGGAAGCACCGGCCUGAGGCGUCACAGGAUGGGGGAAGGAGGGAGUAGUGAUGCCCUCUGCCUUCAUCAGGAUCCAUGGACACUAGACAAUCUUUGUCAUUUCCUGAAGUCAUGCUGCCAUUUCCGGAAGGCAGCUGGUGCUUUGCUCACCCUUCCGUGCUGUGCUGUGCUUCCGUCAGGAGAUGGCCCUGCUUAAGCCAGCAAGUGGCCACAGUCCAGAGAACAAAGCAAAAGCACAACAUUGUGAAUUUUCUGAUUGUUAUUUCCUACAAUUUUCUGUCGAGCAUUUAAAAAUAGAUACUAUACAUAUUUUAAUAAUAAGUAUAAUUAGUUUGUUCCAGGAAUGCUUGGUUUUGCAAUGAUGGAGCAAAUUCCUGAAUGAUUUAUCAUGUCUAGAAAACAAUUACGUACUAGUCAUAUGGCACAUGGAAUUCUUGAAUCCUUGAAUUAAUUCCAGUGAAGCAAAACUUGGAAAGAGUCAGGGUUGUCUCUAAUGAAUCCCUACUUUGAGAAGUGUCAUUUUAAAAAGCCCCACAAGGCAUCUUAACAGUCACUAACCCAAGUGUGUUGUAUUACUCAGACACCAUCAUGAAUAAUUCUGUGAGGUUAUGAUGUAUUUGAAAAUUCUGGAAGCUAAUGACUGUCUGAGUGUGCCCCAAAUAAGGGUUCUCCAGUGGCCCCAGUGGGCAGCAUGUCCAUCUCCUUGUUGAGAUGCCGGAUCAAGACAGGUGAAUGAUGCUACAGCUCAUCUGCGGUCUGUGCUGGUGUCAGAGGCAACCAGGAAGCCUGUACAAGGCCAGGGUGGUUCCUCUGGCCACAUGACCUUCUCAGGACAAGCCCCUCUUCUUCCACUUUGACCCCAAAAGACCCAGGAGUGUGUAUCCCAAAUCAUUAUAUAGGGCAGUUUCUAUCAGGGCAACAUAAGAAGAGAUCAGGGCUUGAACUUAAAAGCCACAAAACAAUAGCAAUAAAAAUCCAAGCUUUUAUGGAGACAGUCAAGACCACAGGCACAAGUGCAGGUGGGAAAUGAUGCCUUUGGGUCUGAUUUCACUGUGGCAUCACGCGAGAGAAUCAACGAUAGAUUACAUGGUCCUCCACGCUGAGAUGCUAGCAUCCAAAUGCCACCCAUUUAUCUUCCGCCAGCCCGAGCGUGUUCUCAGUCAGUGACGCUCCCGGUUCCUUCCAACUUCCUGAAAUUUCAACAUCAAAAUGAUCUUCCUCAAAUCAGGUGAGCAUGUAUAUCAGUGGUCCCCAACCUUUUUGGCACCAGGGACCGGUUUCGUGGAAGACGAUUUUUCCACAGCCUGGAGGUGGGGGGGAUGGUUCAGGUGGUGAUGCGAGGGAUGGGGAGCGAUGGGGAGCGGCGGAUGAAGCUUCACUCGCUCACCCUCCGCUCCCCUCCUGCUGCGCGGCCCGGUUCCUAACAGACCGUGGACCAGCCCCGGUCCACUGCCCAGGGGUCGGGGACCUCUGAUGGAUAUUGUAUUGGAAACUUUUCUUCCUGUGCAGUAAGGCUGGUUUCCCCACCCCAGGAGCACGGAAGGGCUCACACGUGUGCGCUGGGACUGUCCCAAGACCUUUGUAAUCAUUAUCAUCUGACUUCUUAUUCCGACCUUAUGGGGUAGGUGUUUGCACAUGAUGAACUUGAGCCUUAGGAGACCAAUGAACUUUCCCCACAGCACAGAGCUGCUGAGCGGGGGACCAGCAGCAGCCCUUAGAGAUAGGUAGACUGCCCUUAACUGUGCUCUUCUUAAAGUGCCUUUAAUGUCUUUCUGGGACCGUGAGCCAUGGAGCUUAUUUGUUCCCUUAAGAGCUCAUGGUCACCAUGGGAGUCCUGACUGGAGAAUCAGAGAAACCGAGCCUGGGGGAACCCUGGCUUCCCACACCCCCAGGUGAGCCCCGCUGCUCUGUGGCCAUGAAGUCUAGGCUCAGACCACCUUCAACAGACCUACCACCCACCACUGUCCUAACCAACCCUUCAUUCCCCAUCCACCUCAAAAGCCAUGCCAGGAACAACCACUUACUGCCUGACGGCAGGCAGAUUUUCUUGAAAACCCCCAUCUAAUUGGUAUUUUUCAGAAAACAUUCAAGAAAGCAACAUUGCACUCAUUGUUUAAUGCCUUCUUGAGAGAUGAUUUCGGUGCUCUUAUUUUGAAUACCCUCACCUUACCUAAUCUUUGAAUUUUGUCAUGUAAUUUAUUACUUCAUGAAACUUACUUUUGGUAUGUGAAACUAAAGCUGUUAUCCAAGCCAUCGUGCACCUUUAACAUUUUUUUUAUCUUCUGGAGUGUGGAUGACAGAAAAAUGUAUCAGCUUUCCUCAUCUCAUCUUUCUGUUACAGGAUGAUUCAUUGUAUAGUUACUUACAUCACACCAAAUGUUUCUAAUAAAUCAAUGCUUUGAA